GCUCGUAUUUCGACAACACCUUCGCAGACAAGGCCACAUUGCUGAGCAUCGCAUAAGACUCCAGAGACAACGGAGGAAAGUAAUCUAAAAAGAGUCGGAUACAAAUAGAGAGAACAGGGCCUGCUGCAAAAUGGAGGAUAGCGAGGACGACGUGGUGGUGGUGAGCUGCGAUACCUCAAUGCAGGAGCAGGUAAAGGCCAAACUGGUGGAGAUCCGUAAGUUUGUGCCCUUUAUUCGGCGUGUGCGAUUCGACUUCCAGGAGACUAUGUCCGUGGUUCAGGGCCAUCGUCUGGAUGCCCUGGUUAAUCUGCUGAAUCGCGAUGAUGUAUCGAUAAGCACUCUUAACAAGAUCGAGAUGUUCAUUGAUAAGCUAAAGACACGAUUCAAACCGAGGAUUGAAAUUGACACUGGCGAAAUCAUUGAUAUCAGUGAAAACACUGAGUAUGAUUCCAUUGCGUCGACUUCCUCCGAGUCAAGCGCACAUCCACCACCCUCAGAUAAGGGUGGCUUGUUGCACGGCUCAUCUCUUCCCUCAGCGGCUUCCACAAAUCCAAAGCCUUUGGAUCCGAAUGGCAGAAUAAAUGGUUCACUUAACCCCGCAUCAGAUGCUACCAAGGACUAUCCACCGAAGCCAAAGAAACAAGAAUUGGAGCGCAACUCAAAAGCCUCUUGCUCAAUUUCAAAAAUUAACACUUCUUCCGUUUCUGCCAAGAAGAUUUCAGUUUUUCCAGCCACUUCAAAGACUUUGAACAUCCCAAAAACUACCAGCGCCAAGGCAUUAGAUGAGGUGCAGCGGUCCCCAACAGAACCACGUACCUCCCCUCAAGCUGUAGUUCAGGAUACGAAAACACCAACUAUUCCAGAACCAACAUCAGCGGCGCUUAAGCAUUCCUCACUUCGUGGCAGUCGUGGAUUUCUGGCUGUCAUGCAGAAGUCCUUAAUUGAAGAGAAGAAGCAGCGAGCUAGCGAGCAGAAAACUGAUAAAGAAACUAACAGUGUAAAGCAGCUAGAGACUAACUUCUCUCGGCGAUCUUAUACGACAUCGUCACAGUUAACCUGCCGUUCUUCAGAAAAGCCGGUAAGAGCAGAAAACCCAGAAUUUAAGCGACGAAGCACAUCGCUUGUGCAGCAUGCUCCUUUGCAGGAGGAAUCCCCAGAGCAAUUCAAAAAAGACGUACCCAUGUCGUUGUCGGUACAGGGUAUACCAGCUUUGGUCAGUGCGAGCACUGCAAGUCCAGCAAAUACGCUUGAGGAAGCCCGCAAGAAGUUGGCGGCCUUGCAAUAUGGAGUAGGAACGGGACCAAGCAUACCUCCACUGGCCUCUAACUCAAAUGAUCCACGCGGCAGAAAAGGAAUAAACCAGCCUAAAACUAACAUCAAUAAAGACAACGACUUGAGCGUGGCACUGCAAUCACCGACGCCUAUGCGGACUCCCUCGCCUAUUCCGCCGCCACCGAGUAUGAAGACCGGUACGUGGGCCUCAUUUUCAAAUGUUCCCCUGGGAAGCGCCUUUACAGACCGGAGUGCUCCGCAUCACUACUCGGUAGAUUCUCAAGCUUUUGGGGAUGCUUUGGCACAUGAACCCAGGUCCUUCUAUGGUAUUGAUUCCCGAGAACCACGUGACCCUCGUAUCUGGAAGAGCAAGACCUCCCAGCAGCAGCAACAUCAGCAGACGCCACAGGCACAAAUUCCGCCCUAUUCCAGUGACCCGCGUCGUCCUACAAGCAUCUACAGCGGUUACGAAGAGUUAGCCAAUAGAGGGCAAACUAAUAGUAAAAAUAAUAAUAAUCAUAAUCAUAAUAAGAAUGUUAACGCCAAAGGAAGUGCAUACAUGUCCAACUGGACUGGAGGUCAAUAUGGAAACGGUCCAAACCCAAGAUCGCCCUUUCCUAGCAAUCAGAAUGGGAAUGAAUAUACUGGUGGUUUUAAUGGAUCGCAUAGUUUCAGGGGCGGAUUUCGCGGCGGUCACAACAACCGAGGCUUUGGACGACAGACAGACGUGCCACGCACAUAUGGGGAACAUCGCAAAGCCAAGGCCCGUGCUGAGGCGGAGGCCAAGGCUAAGGCUGCGGCGGAGCUAAGCAAAUUGGAAACGGAAGUUUUGCGGCAGCUGGAAGCCCAAGGAAAAACGAAACAGCUUGCCGCCGAACAGAAGAACAAGGCGGAGGGGAGCGAGGCGGAGAAGUCGACGAUCGCAGUGACUCAGGUUCCAGAAUUGGACACCUCCUACCGCAAUGUUAAUCUCGGGGCGCUAAGCAAGAAGCUAGACUUUCGAAUACCGAAGAAAACCCUCCCAGCGGCAGCAACAAUAACCUCAACAAGUCCAGUCAAUGGCAAUGGGGAGAAUCCAAGCUGCCCCUCAAAUUCCUCCGCAAGCAAAAGCUGUGAUGCCAACCAGGACAAAGAUACUUAUAAGAAUAAAGAUAAGUAUUUUAAUAAGGCUAAGGAUAAAGACAUGGUAGAUAAGGGCAAUGAGAUGUCGGAGAACAAUCUGGAUAAGUCUGAGAAGCUUCAAAAAUCGCAGGAUAAGAAGGCAAACGACAAGGAGAAGUCCGACAAAAAGGAGAAAAAGAGACUGAGAAGGGAGUCUGAAAAGAAAUCAAAGGUUGAGAAACCCUUCGAGAUUGUGGACUCGAAUGGCGUGGCCAGUGAGGAAAGCUCGGAAAAUACAGACAAUGUGGAAAAUGAACCGCCUAUUAGCGAGACUAACUCGUCUCCAGUUCCAGAGCUAGCUACCAGCACUCAGGACAGUCAACAGGCCCAGUCAGUGAGCGAGGAGUUGGACAUCCUUGCCAAAAAUCGUAAAAUGUCCGGAAAUGGAAUAAAGACUCCCAUUUCGGGUACCGGAAACGCUGCACCAAAACGACGGGGAGAUGAUGAAGUUCAAAAGUUGGAAAAUCCGACUAAAAAGAACUGCGCAACGUGGGAGGCAAAGCCUGCCAAUGAAAAAUCUGAGGAUGAUACCAUCAACAAAAUUAAAUCCACCAUGAAAGUAACUGAAGACGCUGACGUCGAGAUAAAGGUUACUGAGGAAAGACAGAGUGCUGGGGAGGAGGUGGGUACUGAGCAGAAAAAGAGUGCUGAGAAGAAAGAGAGUACUGGGGAGAAAGAAGAUACUGAGCAGAAAGAGAGUACUGGUGAGAAGGAUAAUCCGCCAAAGAUCUCCAAGAUAAAAAUUGUCCUUAGUCCCAUUGCCCGUACACUAGUGGUUCGUCCUGAUGAUGGCUUGAAGAACAAUCAAGAAAAGAUCUUGGAAAACAAGGCAACUGAUGAGGACAAUGACGAGGAGGUCCCCGGGCCCCCAGUUCAAUUCCUACGCCGAAUUAUGCAGCGGCGCAACUCCUUGGCUCCUACGUAUAUAAAGCCAAUGGUGGAUAAGGAUAAGAUUUCUUCUUCUAGUUUUACCUACGAGGACCUGCCGGAGAAGAAACGCGGAAAUCAGAGCGCCCGAAACCUGGCCAUCAUGUUCGAGAAAACUAGUGACAACUGCAGCGUGUCCACGCAAAACAUUAUUAAUGGCAAACGUCGCACUCGUGGAUGUGAGACCUCUUUUAACGAGACCAAAUUGAGCCGAAACAUCUUUGGCUUGGGCCAGAUAAACAGGUCGCGGCCAAAGGCCAGCGAGGGUAAAGCUACCAAGGCAAAGAUUCAUGACCCUGCGAAAGAUUCAACGCGUGCUGAUGAAGAUCCUAUUCCCACUCCAAAUCUUAAGCGGAAAAGGCAAUCCAUUCAGAAGGAAACACAGGAUAUGGAGAUGAAGCCUAAGAAGGCUCGCUUGGAAACACAGGAGAUGAAUGAGGUCAGUGUCAAACCUGAUAUACAGCAGGUAGAGAACAAAGUGGAAGUCACCCAAAUGGAGGAGGAAGAAAUGUCUUCAGAGCCACUCCCCGUUUCUGAGGCUAUAGCGACACAAAAGCCUCGCGCGAAACCGCGAAAGAAGCGCAACGAGCUGGACCAGCUAAACGACGACAUUGCGCAAAUGUACUACGGGGAGGAAGUGCUGCGGGCCACUAGUCGCAGGGCUUGUACCCGGCGAUCGCGCACUUCCUCGCGCACUCGCACUUCCUCGCAUUCCCGGACGUCCUCUGUAUCGCGAACCGAUAGCAUCUCCACCGUAUCGGAUAUUAGUUCCAUAUUCGUCAGAAACACGGCGCGAAGGGGCAAAGGCAUCAGAUCAUCCGAAAGUGGCAUCAACCGUGCCACGUUUAAUGCAUCCUUGGUUGCAAAAAAACCAAAAUUGUGCCGUGUUAGGAUAAAGCGAUGUGCUGCAUUGAUGGAGAUGAUAAAGGACAAGGAAAAUGAGGAACAGGAGAAGAAGGAACAGAAGAUGAAGGAACAGAAAAAGAAUGAAGUGGAUGUGCAAACAACAAAGCCAUUAAAGAGUAAGCCGAAAGGAAAGAAAAAAGUUAUUCUUAACAUAAAUCCCGAAUGGCACUCCCUUUCGAAGGCUGUCAUCAUGUGUGUCGUCUGCUCGAAGUUUGUUCGCAGGAGCCCACUCUGUCACUAUAUGAUUUGCCAUAAGGAGCACUAUGCCGCACGAUUGCCACCCGAUGUGCUUAAAGAGAUGCGGGCCGGGCGCGGAAAUCGACCGGAUUACUGGGUUUCUCAACGCGGCGUCCACACAUUUCACUUCACUUGUCCGUUCUGCCAGAAGCCACUGCUGCUCUGCCAAAAAGACCUGAUCGAGCACUUGACCGCCCAUAUGGGCGAGUCUCGUCACUACUGCUCCAACUGUAAUCUGCCGCAGAACCGUCUCAGUAGGCUGCUGGUCCACACCGCAUCCUGUGGGCCGGGUGCGAAGCCUCUAAAUAGCAAAGCCGUCUGCCUACCGAUGAUUGUUCAGGUGUGCCACAUCUGCCAGUUUAUGCAGUACAGCAAGGAAAAUAUGGACCGGCAUCUUACUGUUCAGCAUGGCCUAACGAUGGAGGAACUGCAAAGUGUCGAGCGCGAGGAGUUGGCGCUCUGCGACACAAUGGACGUACCAUCUGCAGAUUCGAAUAAGGAUGGCAGCGCCGUUGGGCAUGGAGUUAAAAAAAACAAACCGAAGUCAAAAGCAAGUGCAGCACUUUCGGGAGUUCAAAGCACAAUCAAAAAAAAGAAACAGCAAAAAAACACGAACAGUCGCUUCAUGAAAAUGGUAAAAAAAUCCGUAAGUCUAUUGAAGCGCGAAAAAGAAGAGCAGGAUGACCAGAACAUGACCCAGGCUGACGAAGAGUCGGAAGUGCCGCAGCUACAGCCGCCUCCGCCAGAAAUUGAGCCCAUGUUGGUGGUCAAUGAGUGUCUAAUGAGCUCUGAAAUGGACACGGACUUGGAAGAAGUCUUGGAUCAGUCCGUUCAACAUAGGAGCUUAAUGGUAGACGAAAAGCCUGUGACGCUACUCAGUGAGGCCACAGAACAGCUGGAGCCUACUCUCCCAGCCCUCAAGCCUACCGUUCCAUCUGCACAAGAAGAUGAUAGCGAAAAUAAAGAUCAAGGUGAACAACUAGAAGUGGAGGCCGUAGUGGAUUCCCUUCAGUCACACACUGCCCAGACGGCUACUUCUAUGUUAGCGGAAGUCAGUCUAGCCGAGUUGGCUGGGGACGUACUUGAUGGUAUCGGCAGCGAUACGUCCGACUAUGAGAUGGAUGAUGAUUCAGAGCAAGUGGAUACAACUAACAAAAACGGCUACCGUGAUGAUGACGAUGAUGCGCUUACCGACGAGUGGGUGGAUCUGGAAACUGCCAAUCGCAACUCUAAAUCCGGCAAGAGCAUUUUCAGAGUGUUCAAUCGCUUCUGCUCGCGCCUAAACAAAUUUCCCCGAUCCAGCAGAGCUGUGCUCUCCUCGAAUGGGAGUCAAGACAGCGAUAGCAACGCCAACAGCGACGACGACAACGAUGAUCCUGAUCCCAGCGAGCUAAUGCCAACAAUGCAACCAUUGGAGCCGGAGCCGGGGAAUUCAUCCACAUCUACAGGUGCUAAGUCGCUAUCCAAACGGGUGGAGAAUGUGGCCUUUCAAAAGUCCUCUUCAGACGAGGAUCAAAAUUGCUUGGCAGCAUCCUAUUACUGCGUGCAGCCGGGUUGCACUUUCCUCUUUUCCGAUGAGCUAGAAGGCCUCGAGAAUCACUUUGCAUUAGAGCACCCUCUUGUUCGAUGGAGCGGCAAAUGUGACAUGUGCCAUCAGAAACUCACGGCAACGGAAACGAAUCUCACAAUUUCCGAAGAGUUGCGCCACAUGAGGGACAUGCACAUGAAGGACAUAUCCACCCUGCCUCCUUCUCAGCCAUCUGCGGUUGAAAGCCCAGCCGUUAUUGAAUCCUGCCAGAAUCAGCGUGAAUUAGAAACUGAUCCCGUUCCUGGGCUUCCCAAACUGCGUGUUCGACGCUUCACUGGCGAUCGCCUUGUUGUGGAUUCACAAGCGGAAAAGAGCCAACCGGUAGCAAUAGUUGUCAGUGAUGAUGAUAAUCAGCGAAAUGGAAUGCUAAGGGAUUUGCUGGUGGCGGAUCCACGGCCACCCAAUCAGCAGUUGGACCUUCAAGCCGCCGGCCUGGGCGAGUUCCUUUGCGCCAAGCCCGAUUCACCGUCAACGGAACCGGCCAAGCAGACGCCCGUAAUAGUUGGUUAUCCGAGUGGCUUGGGCUUGAAAAUCAGCCAGGUCUUCAGCAGAACUCAGAUUUCGGCUGACUCACUGCUAUCGCCAGUCGUAAACAAUCCCCUGCCAGAGGAGUCGCCUUCUCCUGCCGCCGUUGAAGAGAAUCGUAAUCGAUUCAAGUGCAUGGCCACCAACUGCAAUUUCGUUGCUCACAAGCUCAUGUUCAUGCGGGAGCACAUAAAGUUUCACAGCUACAGUUUCAGCAGCACCGGUCACCUGAACUGCGCGUACUGCUCCCAUGUGGCAAUCGAUGUGGACGACUACUUGCGCCAUGGAGUGAUCAUUCACGACCUGGCACCACGCUCCGAACUGGAGAGUUCAACUGGACCACCAUCUGUUAGCCAGAAAAUCCGGGAUAUGCUCAGCCAGCGGGAAAGUGGCCGUGUUCCUGCGAAAACUCAAAUCACUCUGUCUGAUGUGAUCCUGGGUCUUUUAGAGUGCACCGGAUACAGCGAGGAUAAACUGUACGCCUGUCCCCAAAAGGGCUGCAUCGUGCGGCUGACGAAUGAGCAGUUUGUAAACCAUUUGCGCUACCACAUCCGUAGCACUAAUCAGGGCAGCGAUUUGGUGAAAUGCAAGUUUUGCACCAAGUCGAUGCUUCCGCCGGCACUCCGUACGCAUCUGCAGCAGUACCACGCCCGGCACAGCAUCUUCUGCGGCAUUUGCUUGGCCACAUCGGUCAACCAGCGCAUAAUGAUAUAUCACAUGCGCACGGUGCACUCAAAGGCCUACUGCCGGCCUAACGCGCAGUUGCAGUUUGUGCGACUGCCCGCGAAGCCCGACGCGAGUAAGAAGAGCGUAGAAACCGAGUUCUUCGUGGCCGUCGUGGAAAAGCCAUUUGGCAACCUCCAGAUGCAGAAUUUCCAACGCAAGCUGUUCGAUGAAAUGGACCGUCGGCGUUCGGGCACAAAGACGUACUUCCGCAGCUCCGAGGUGCAUACCCUGCCAUCACAGCCAAUAUUUCAGCGACCGAUUUACUGUACGGAGUGCCCCUUCUCAACCACGUCAAGGGUUAACAUGCAGAUGCACCUCUAUGAGCACAAGGAGGAGACCCUUCGGGAAGCCUUCAAAUUGGCGGACUUGAUACCAGUUCCAGGAGCAACCUCUUUGGUACCAAUUGUUCCGACGAGUGUGGUGGAGGCACCGCCGAAGCUAGUCAAAGAUUCGGAAGGACCAUCUACUUCCGGACAAAGUGGUGCUGCAGCGACGGAGCAGCCGGAACCAGUAGUUCCUGGAACCCACAAGCCCACGAAGCCACCGUUAAGCUAUGUGCCCCCGGGCCAACGCUACCGCUGUGGCUUCCUCCGAUGUGGCGAGCUGUAUUUCUCGGAAUCGGCGAUGCGCAAACACAUGGUGACUAGCCACAAAUACUCAGAGGUGGUAAGGUGCCCGCACUGCAAGAACUGCCAGGGUCAGUUCGGCAUUGAUAAGUACUUUGACCAUCUUGCAAUGCAUAAGCGGUACAUCUUCCAAUGCGGCGCUUGCUCACGUCACAAUAGCAGGCGUUUCAUCGAGCGGCACAUCCAGGAACGUCACAGUACAAGAAAUGUGGACAUGAUCGUACACCGCCACAAUGACAGCAACAAGACGACCCAAGCCCGCUGGCUGAAGGCGCCUAAACUGGCGCGUCAGGCUCUAAUGGAGUACACGUGUAACCUGUGCCUCAAGUACUUUCCAACGACCGUGCAGAUCAUGGCCCAUGCGGCGUCCGUUCACAAACGCAACUACCAGUACCACUGUCCGUACUGUGAAUUUGGUGGGAACCUCGCCACCGCGCUCAUUAAACACAUCCUUCGCGAGCACCCGGAAAGGGACGUGCAGCCUGUGCAAAUCUACCAGCGCAUCGUGUGUAAGAACAAGCAGACGUUAGGCUUCUACUGCACCACCUGUCACGAGGUGGCCAGCAGCUUCCAGAAGAUCGCUAUGCACUGCGAAAGGGAGCAUAAGUCGAGCAAACCGGUGCAAUGUCCCCACUGCAUUUUUGGGCAUUCGACCGAACGCCAGGUCGCCUUACACAUACACGAGAUGCAUCCCCAUGAACUCGGACUGGCAGUGGUGCAGUUCGAACGCGUGCUUAACGAAAUCCCGAACAGCAUAAGCUGGGAGAUGGGUAGCCCAAUCGAAGUGGAGCCUGAGAAGGAGAUCCUGAACAGUGAGGAGGGUGUAUUCCGGCCGCUAAACCAGAGGCGGAUUGUAACGGAAGUGGUGGACCUGAUGGAUUCAGAGGACGAGACGGAAGAGCUCGGCGAAAAUGAUGACGCGAAAAUCGUGGAGUUCGCAUGCACACACUGCGGCGGGACAAACAGCAACUUGCCGGACCUACGCUCCCAGCACUGGACUCGCGAACACCCGGACCAGCCCUUCUAUUUCCGCGUGCAGCCGCUGCUGCUCUGCUCCGAGUGCAAGAGAUUUAAGGGCAACGCAAAGGUACUGCGCGAGCACCUGCUUGCCAUACACUCUGUCCGGAACAUAGUGGCCGCGGACAUUCUUCAACCGUUUGAGUGUGCCUACUGCGACUACCGCUAUAAAAACAGGCAGGAUCUUGCGAAACACAUCAGUGAGAUAGGUCACUUGCCCAAUGACCUGAAGCACGUAACAGAUGAUGAAAUUGAUGCCCUGAUGCUGCUAAGUGCCAGUGGAAGUGGUGGGGCUGUUAACGAAUACUACCAGUGCGGGUUGUGCAGUGUGGUUAUGCCAACGAAGGAGACUAUUGGCCAGCACGGCCAAGUGGAGCACUGCAAGCCUGGCGAGCGUUUCUGUUUCCGGCAGCUAGUGUCGCCAGUGAUAUACCAUUGUUCCUUCUGCAUGUUCAACUCAACCGAUGAGCUGACCACGCUGCGCCAUAUGCUGGACCACUACAGCCGCUUCCAGGUUUGCCAUUUCUGCACACGCUCCCAGCCGGGUGGUUUCGAUGAGUACAUCCAGCACUGCUAUACUUACCACCGGGAAGAUAUCAAAAGCUUCCGGAACGUGCACACGUUUAGCGAUCUGAAGAAGUACCUCAGUCAGGUGCAUUACCAAUUCCAGAACGGGUUGAUUAUCACAAAAAGCAGCCUUCGCUAUACACGUUACAAGUCCGACAAAUGUAUGCUUGCGCUUGAUGCUGAGCUAAUGGCCAAGGUCCAGCGGCCGCCCAUUCCGCGUCUGCAUAUCAGACUCAAGUCGACUGGCGUUCAGAUGCAGAGCAGCCAGGGGGAUGAAGUGGAGGAACCUGUGUCGUUGGUGCGGAUCACAAAGCGGCGAAAAACGCUAAAUCCUGGCGAAUUGCUCUGCUUAUUCCGCCAGGAGAAUAAGGUACAGCCACAGCCACCGGCUUCUUCAACAUCGUCGGGGACGUCUAUUCAACCAGCGGAAGGUUCUAUGUUCAACCUGUUCAAACGCCGCAACAGUCUCGUUUUUCGCCCUGCAACCAACAACUUGGAUCAACACUAACACCACAUUAUUAUUAUUAUUAUUUUUUAUGUCUACUGGACCCCAAUUAUGCAUAUUUCGUACUAGUUUCAAACUAUUAAAGCAUUUUUAUUAAACAUAAUUAUGAGAUCAUGUUUACUACAUUUGUAAGAGAUUUGUAAGAUAAGACUGUAACUGAUUUUGGCUUAAUUUAAUUAAAUUAUUGUGUUAACUGAA